AUGAUGAACAAUCGGUACAAGCGAGACGUGCAAUACUGGUAUUCAAAUGACACAGAUGUAGAAGCGACUGGUUCAGAUAAAAACGAUAAUGAAUCUGAUGAUGUUAUCGUAAAAGAGAGUAAUUCAGAUGAUGGGCAAUUGGGGAAACCAGACGAGCAAUACUGGUUCCCAAAAUCAUGGUUCCCAUAUAUGACACUGAUGUGGAAAAAGAGUAAUACAGCGGAAGGGCAAUUGGGGAAGCAAGACGCAGAUGAUGUCGUCGUAGAAGAGAGUGAUUCAGAAGUGCGUGAGUCACACCACGAGUCACCCUCAUUAAGCUCUGCCAAUCAGCGCGCGGUGGCAUCCCAG